UGAAGUUUCUAGUGCUGGUUCUCUUUACGACAAUGAUGGAAACGGCUAUUGUGCCAAUUUUCGGCAACACAGAAAACUUCGUUUUGCGAAAUUCCGAUCUAUCUUUUACGUAUGCUGACAUGCACACAGUCAGAAAUAGAAAUAGGAUUUGCUUCAAAUAAGCAAGAUAUGUCCCCCAGCACAUGUUGUUUGUUCUGGAGACCCGCAUGAUGGUGUUUUCUCAAACACGAUGGAUUCCGUUUUACACGAGAGACAGUAUUGAGGAUGAGGAGGGUAUCAUGCUGUACAAGACAAUCUAGACAAUGUCGAUCCCUUCUUCGUCUUCAACGAUACGUGACGACGACUCCAGCACAAGCACAAGUGAAGUAGUUCUUGACUCCAAACAAGCCGCAAAUACCACCAGAAGCACCAACUGCACCACGAGCAGCAACCAAAUGGCGACAUCUGUCAUGACAACAUCGUUUCUUGCUGGUGGGUUCGCAGGGUCCUGCGUCGACGUAGCGCUAUUCCCAGUAGAUACACUGAAGACACGGGCUCAAGCAAAAGGAGGCUUUUGGGCGUCUGGCGGCUUCAAAGGGAUCUACCAAGGCUUGAGUGCAGCCGCACUGGGCUCGUGGCCGUCAGCGGCUUUGUUUUUCCUGACGUACGAGUCUUUGAAGCCAGUUUUUGCGAAAAAGAUUGGUAUGAGAAGGGAAAUUGCAGUACAAGUAGAUUCAUUGUGCUUGUGACUGCGAAGCAGAUUGUACUAGAAGAUGUCAUAAUGUAUACAAGAACUAUACAGAAUACAUGAACUUGGUUGAGUGGGUGUAUGACGAUUCUCUUGGAAUGUAACCAUGACGCAUAUUGAAGAUUAUAGAUCAAUGGUUAGUCCUAUUAUAUUUACCUCUUCCUUUUUUCUAUCUUUGCUACUAGGUAGAAGGUUGGCUCCACCACAAAUUUUAGAUCAAUGGUACUACCUCGAGUUGUCCCAUUCUCUCCACUUCAACUGUUACUACUGGGAGAACCCACCUGGGCAUCGGAAGCACAGCAGCAGCAGCACAGACGCGUGGCGCGACGACCUAGACGCCAAGUGGAAGCGAGUGUACAGUGGAGGCGCCGAUGAAUUUGACCGGCGGGUAAAAUGGAUGAGAGAGCAGCAAGCGAAGCGGAAAGGGCUUGGUCCUGAUGGAGAAGAGGGCCGUGGAGGCUCUGGCAUCGAAGCUGCCACGAAUGUCGACGACUCAAGUCCAGUACGGGGUACCUCAAGAUACGAGUGGUUGUCUCACAGCUGUGCAGCUUCAGUUGGGGAAACUAUUGCGUGUUUGGUCCGCGUACCCUGUGAGAACGUGAAACAAAAAAUGCAGGUGGCUGGGAAAAGAGUGAAGAUGAAGAUAUGUCCUUGCUGUAGGUCCAAUCCGAAUCGACUAACAUCAUCAUCAUCACCAUCAUCAUCACCAUCAUCAUCGGCGCCAUGUCUUUGCUGUAAUAGAAUAGAAAAGUGAAUUUAUUGGUAGACAUGCUUCCAAAGCAAAAAAUAUCCUCGAUGAAUUCAAAUUCCAAUAGACUUACUUUCCCAACUAAUUCCACCUCUAAUCCCAACAGUACAAUCGAGCUCCUCUUGCAGCACUGCGCCAUCGUUCUUUAGGACUACGCUUUCGAUCUACAACGCACACGGUCGCAGCUUGUGGGGAUUUUAUGCUGGAUUCGGCAGUACCAUCGCGAGAGAGAUACCAUUCGCUUUCAUCCAGUUUCCGCUCUACGAAGGCUUAAAAGUGAAAGCCGCAGAGAGGAAGGGGAACGUUAUGGAAACUUGUAUUAUAAGAAUUAUAAGUAGGUUUCGCAGAUUUCGAUACUCAUGAUUCAUCCUGGUCUGUAGUUCAAGAUUGUAUUUUUUCACCAUAACAAAACAAGAACUCAAACCAGAAAUCGAUACACUACGUGCGACUUCUAAUACCCGCCAAGCAUGUUCCGCUCUCGAAGGUGCAGCUUGUGGCGCGGUUGGUGGCGCAGUCGCAGCAUUCCUCACGACGCCUAUGGACGUCGCUAAAACGCGACUCAUGACAGCCACAGACCCAGAUAUUCAACGACGAUACAAUAUUUAUGAGUAGGCUAAUGGUGCUCCUGUUGCCGUUUGUUACGGCUCUCCUAAGGGAGACAGGCAGAACAAACGGGAUAAGCGAACACCGAAAGCCUACCGCUAAGAUAUGCGCACAAUGCUGCGGAAAAUUGCCACAGAAGAAGGCGUCUCCAUGUGGUUCGCUGGGGUGACACCGAGAGUAACGUGGAUUAGUCUUGGAGGAUUUCUGUUUUUUGGAGCAUAUGAGACGGCGAAGGGGGUGUUGGGGAUGACAGGAGAAGGGUGAAGAUCAAGAUUUGAAAUAGUUGGUCUGACAAUGCGUCGAUGUGACACGAAUAUUGCGAUUUGUGCUUUUUUGAAAACAGUGCCAUACUACAAGCUCCGCCUUUCAAAAAAAAAGUAAAAGAAUUAUGAAAGUGCGUGAGCAAUUUUCAUGCUUUGUGAGAGCCGAU